UUCUGCCACAGCAUAGUGCUAAGUGGAUAGCUGCUGACCUAUAGAUGCUUGCUAAUGCUGUCAUCUCCGGGACUGCUUCUGCUAUAAUGCAACUGUCUCCUCUUCUGCCAUGUUAACUUACGGGUUCUUUGGGGAAGAACAUGAGUGGGGAAGAAAUAAGUCACAGCCCUGUUCAUGAAUAAGAAUGAUGUUCACUGGAGAAGUUCUUUCAGUGGGAAAAAUGUCGAUAUUCAGUUUCAUCCUUGUCACCACUGCUCUGGUAAUGAGCGGGGAGAUCUGGGCGCUGGAGGACUGUUUCCAAGAGCAGGAGCGGCUCAGAGCCCAGGUGCACAUGCUCGAGACCCGUGUCAAACAGCAACAGGUCAGGAUCGCACAGCUCUUGCAUGAGAAGGAAGUCCAGUUCCUAGAUAAAGGAGAGGAAAAUAACGUCAUUGACCUUGGAAGCAAGAGACAAUAUGCAGAUUGUUCAGAAAUUUUCAAUGAUGGAUAUAAGCGCAGUGGAUUUUACAAAAUCAAGCCUCUCCAGAGCCCAGCAGAAUUUUCUGUUUAUUGUGACAUGUCUGAUGGAGGAGGAUGGACUGUAAUUCAGAGACGAUCUGAUGGUAGUGAAAACUUUAAUAGAGGCUGGAAUGACUAUGAAAAUGGUUUUGGAAAUUUUGUCCAACCAAAUGGUGAAUAUUGGCUUGGUAAUAAAAAUCUCCACUUCUUGACAACACAAGGUGACUACACUUUAAAAAUUGACCUUUCAGAUUUUGAAAAAAACAGUCGUUAUGCACAAUACAAAAAUUUCAAAGUUGGAAAUGAAAAGAAUUCCUAUGAGUUGGAUAUAGGGGAAUACUCUGGAACAGCUGGAGAUGCCUUUACAGGGAAUUUUAACCCUGAGGUGCAAUGGUGGGGGAGUCACCAGAGAAUGAAAUUCAGCACAUGGGACAGAGAUAAUGACAACUAUGAAGGGAACUGUGCAGAAGAAGAUCAGUCUGGCUGGUGGUUUAACAGGUGUCACUCUGCAAACCUCAAUGGUUUAUACUACACAGGUGCCUACAAAGCUACCACCGACAAUGGCAUUGUCUGGCACACCUGGCUUGGAUGGUGGUAUUCUCUGAAAUCUGUCAUUAUGAAAAUUAGGCCAAAUGAUUUUAUUCCAAAUAUUGUUUAAUUGUACCUGUUGGGCUUCCAUUUAUGCAGUUCACCUUGGUUUAAAUUAAUAUGAAACAAACUAUUCUGAAUACAUAAAUGUAUAAUGGUGACAAUUGUUAUGUGGACUACUUUUCAUUCUUAUUUACCUUUAUUACUUAAAGUACUUUCAAGACAGAAAAUAUGUGAUAGUCACCAAAUACAUGUAAAUUUUGUUA